ACGUCACCAGGUUGCUGUCAGAGAGGAGGAAGCCGACCUACUCACCACCCUACGCUAUCGACACCCCGCAUCCCCACGGCUCCAGCUCGGGGUUGUUUAUCCUCCUAUGUAACCUUCCGUCCCACGUUUGGAUCCACUAGCCGCUAGCUCGCUAGCAUCACUUAAGUUACCGUUAUUGUGAUCGAUCUUUAUUGAGAUCGAUCGUCUCCGCAUGGCGUUAAUCCUGUUAACGAGGGGUCGUAUACAGCUGGUGAAAACAUCGCGGUCCCUGAAGAACGAGUUGAGAAAAGCGAACCUACAAGAUGGCGCCGGUUUCAGCUCCACAGCUCUCAGACUGCUCAGUCCAAAGCUGGACGGGACUCCUGUCGCCAUGGUCGCGGCCCCCCUCCCCGCCGUCUUCCCCCGGGCCGACGGCCCCGGCGGCCCCUGGGCCGGCCUCGACGCGCUCCGCCUCCGCGCCGCCCUGGUCCCGCCCCCGACCCGCUGGGGCGUCCGCGGGCUCCACACCAGCCGGCGGCGCCCGGACGACUCCAAGGUGGAGAAGUCCCUGCGCUCGCUGAAGGAGCACAACAAGAAGAUGGAGGACGGCGGGCCGGUGUACAGCCCCUCCACGGAGGCGGGGCCGGCCCGGCGCACCGUGAGCCAGUGGGUGGCGGACGAGGUCAAGCACUACUACCACGGCUUCCGCCUGCUGUGGAUCGACACCACCAUCGCGGGGCGCAUGCUGUGGAGGGUGCUCAACGGGCAGACGCUGUCCCGCCGCGAGCGCCGCCAGUUCCUGCGGACGUGUGCGGACGUGUUCCGGCUCCUCCCCUUCCUAGUGUUCAUCAUCGUUCCCUUCAUGGAGUUCCUGCUUCCCGUCGCCCUCAAGCUCUUCCCCAACAUGCUGCCCUCCACCUUUGAAACCAAGUCCAAGAAGGAGGAGCGUCUGAAGAAGGAGCUGCGCGUGAAGCUGGAGAUGGCCAAGUUCCUCCAGGACACGGUGGAGGAGAUCGCCCUGAGGAACAAGGCCUCCAAGAGCAGCGUCACCAAGGAGUUCUCCACCUUCUUCCAGAUGAUCAGGGACUCCGGCGAGCGGCCGAGCAAUGAGCAGAUCCUGCGCUUCUCCAAGCUGUUUGAGGACGAGCUGACCCUGGACAACCUGACGCGCCCCCAGCUGGUGGCGCUCUGCCGGCUGCUGGAGCUGCAGUCCAUCGGCACCAACAACUUCCUGCGCUUCCAGCUCAUCAUGAAGCUGCGCACCAUCCGAGCCGACGACAAGCUGAUCGCGGAGGAGGGGGUGGAGAGUCUGAACGUGACGGAGGUGCAGGCGGCCUGUCGGGUCAGGGGGAUGAGGUCACUGGGGGUCACGGAGGACCGCCUCCGGGAGCAACUCAGCCAGUGGCUGGAGCUCCACCUGAAGCAGCAGAUCCCCACCUCGCUGCUGCUGCUGUCCAGGGCCAUGUUCCUCCCCGACACGCUGUCCCCCGCCGACCAGCUCAAGACCACCCUGCAGACCCUGCCCGAGAUGGUGACCAGGGAGGCGGAGUUGAUGGCGGCUGAGAUGGAGCUCUCCAAGGUGGACCACAAGAGCAAGGUGGAGAGCACCCUACAGGAGGAGGCCGUCAUCCGCCAGGACAACAAGGAGCGGGAGAUGGAGAGGCUGGCCGACGCCGCCCAGAGGACCAUCAGGGAAGGAGAACUGCUGGGCGACUCCUCGGCCUCCAACGACAUGCUCCGAGACUCCGCCCCCAACCUGGAGGGCAUCAAGGGGGAGGAGAUCACCAAGGAGGAGAUCGACCUGCUGAGUGACGCCUGCUCCAAGCUGAAGGAGCAGAAGAGACUCCUCACCCUGGAGAAGGAGGAGCUGGAGGAGCUGAAGGAUGACGUCCAGGAGUACAACGAGGACCUGGAGGAGAUGAAGAAGGAGCUGUCUAAGACGGGCCAGGAGGAGGUGGUGGAGGAGUCCAAGGCCAGCAAGCGUCUGGCCAAGCGCGUGGACCGCAUGAUCCUCCGCGUGGGCAAGAUCAUCGGGGAGCUGGAGAAGGACAAGGAGGUGCUGGAGAAGGACAAGGAGGUGCUGGACGGGCAGCUGGAGCAGGGCAGCAGUCCACCUUUGGGAUUAUUCCAUGAUAGAUGUACUGGUGGAAGGAGUCUCUUCCACACCUUCAGGGAGAACCUGGUGAGCAUCGACGAGCUCAUAGCCGUGAUGAAGCAGAUCCAGAACAUUCCGGAACACAAACUGCAGAGCAUCGCGGCGGCCCUCGACGACAACAAGGACGGCAAGAUCGACAUCGACGACGUCAUCAAGGUGGUGGAGUUGAUUGACAAGGAGGACAUCGACAUCUCCACCAAUCAGGUGGCAGACAUCAUGGUGAUGCUGCAGAAGGAGGAGAAGCUGAAUGAGAAAGAGAAAGCCAAGGAGAAGGCAGAGAAGGAGCAGGCUGCUCAGAUCAGCGGCUAACUACCCCCCCGGGGGCGUGGCCUGACGGAGGGGCGUGGCCUGGUCCCACCUGGGGGGGGGGGAUGGACGACCAGACUUCCAACGAGGGCAGAGGACAUCUGCUCCGCCCUUAAAGACUUUCCAAGUUAGAUGCACAAACGCUCAAGGUUUAACUUCACUAGCCACUUGGUUUAAACCCCUUCCAUUGAGAGUUGAAAAUACUUUGUUGAUAUAUUACUAUUAUGAUCACCCUCAUUAGUUAAUGAGAGGUUGAACAAUUAUUAUUCUUUAUAAUAAGAUGAAGAGCACAAAGGCAGCUUCACCAUGAUUCAUGUUAUCAUCCAUGCUGAAUACAUGACAUGAUUCAUGUUGUGAUCAUCCAUAACAUGAUUCAUGUUGUCACGUGUGUUGACUAUAUGAUAACAUGAUUCAUGUUGUCAUGUGUGAUGAAUAUAUGAUAACAUGAUUCAUGUUGUCACGUGUGUUGAAUAUAUGAUAACAUGAUUCAUGUUGUCACGUGUUUUAAAAUAUAUGAUAACAUGAUUCAUGUUGUCACGUGUUUUAUAUAUAUAUAUAGUCCCAGCAUGAAGUGUGCAGCUCUCCAUUGAGGUCAUGCGAUCAACAGGCAGGUGUCUGGUUGACCUUCAUUCCACAGCUAGCCUUAGUUCCUAGUAUUGCAGUAACCUGCGGGGUUAGCGUCAGGUUAGUAGGUUACCUGACGCUAGGACUUCUGAAUGUAACCCCGCCAUUCACCAGACGGGGGCAACCAAAGAAUCGGACAGAGGUUUUAUUUCAGGGGAGGGUGAGUGAGGGUUAGUUAGGGCUAGUUAGGGUCAGGUUAGUGAGGGUUAGUGUCAGUGAAGGCUAGGGUUAGUUAGCGUUAGGUGAAUGAGGGUUAGGCUUAGUGAGGGUUAGUUAGGGCUAGUGAGGUUUAGGGUUAGUUAGGAUUAGGGAUAGUGAGGGUUGGGGCUAGUCAUUCUUAGGGUUAGUCACGGUUAGGUUUAGUGAGAGUUAAUCAUGGUUAGGGUUAGUUGGGGUUAGUGAGGGCUAGUCAUGGUGAGGGCCAGGUCCAAAACCUAGAGCCACCAAAACAAAAGCCUGUCAUUGAGUAGUCCACCUUUCAUCUGGUUUGGCUCGAGAUGGGGUCAGGGCUGGCCCCGGUCAGGGCUAGGGCCUGGGACCCCGGUCAGGGCUAGGGCCUGGGACCCCGGUCAGGGCUAGGGCCUUGGGCCCCGGUCAGGGUCAGGGCUGGCCCCGUACAGGGCCAGGGCUGGGGCCCCGGUCAGGGCUAGGGCCUGGGACCCCGGUCAGGGCUAGGGCCUGGGACCCCGGUCAGGGCUAGGGCCUGGGGCCCCGGUCAGGGCUAGGGCCUGGGGCCCCGGUCAGGGCUAGGGCCUGGGGCCCCGGUCAGGGCUAGGGCCUUGGGCCCCGGUCAGGGCUAGGGCCUGGGUCAGGGCUAGGGCCUGGGGCCCCGGUCAGGGCUAGGGCCUUGGGCCCCGGUCAGGGCUAGGGCCUGGGGCCCCGGUCAGGGCUAGGGCCUGGGGCCCCGGUCAGGGCUAGGGCCUGGGGCCCCGGUCAGGGCUAGGGCCUUGGGCCCCGGUCAGGGCUAGGGCCUUGGGCCCCGGUCAGGGCUGGGGCCCCGGUCAGGGCUAGGGCCUGGGUCAGGGCUAGGGCCUGGGGCCCCGGUCAGGGCUAGGGCCUGGGUCAUUGCUAGGACCAACAGUCUGUUGUUGAACUUGAGAACCGUUCUGAGGGCCAGGCAGAGGCUGGGACGUGAUGUCUGUUCUAUUUGAAGAGAACUGGUUUAUAUAGCAUUAUGUUAAUGGGGUGAUGGAUACCAUGGCAACUGUGUGGCCAGUUCUGAAUAAUUAUGUUGUUAUGAUAUUAAUAGACAGUUUCCGGUGUGUGUGUUCCCGACUUCUAAUCAUGAAAAAUUAAAUUUGGAGGAGGAUCGGAGACGAGAUGGAGUGGGCCUUCGCCCCGCCACACGGGGGUUUAGCCUCCCCCUGAUUAUUAUGGGCUGUUCCUCUCCUGAGAGGCGCUGUCCUGGUUCAGCUGGGUUCACGCUGUGUGACCCCGGCUGUCCUCUGGGUGACCAGAGCACCACUGUGAGGCAGGCAGCGAAGCAGGCAGCGAAGCAGGCAGCGAAGCAGGCAGUGGAACCAGGCCGAGCAGGAGGUGUUGUCGGGCUCCUGGUGAUACGAUGGUGGAGGCUGAGGAGCUCUGCUUGGUGACAACUACCAGUCUCCCUGCUAUGCCCGUACAUGGGCGCGGGCGAGCUACCCUGGGGGGUUGUGUUUAGGUUAGCGGCAGAACAUGGCACACUGGUCAGUGCAUAAAUCAUCGGCUACCGUAAACAUGUCGCAGCGUUGAGAUUAGCAACAGGACAGCCCUCCACUACAGCUCCUGCUACUAUACUCUAGUUUCCAUCGUGCUGUGGUUUUGUUAGAGUACCUACGUUAGCCUUAGGCUGCGUUAGCAUGUUAGCGUUAUGCUAGGUUAGCAUAACUUCUGCUGCUGCCAGGCAUGAUCACUUAGUGGUGAAGGAAUCGGGAACACACAGGACACGCAUAAUUAAACUGAUCUGUAAAGCUUCUAAAAUAAUGCACUUGGAUAUCCAAGGAACACACAGUCCGUGGAGCUAACUGUCCGUGGAGCUAACUGACGACUGUAGUGACGACUGAAUGAAUCCAUCUUUAAGAUCCUUUUUACCAAGUACAUCAGACUCUGUGUACAGGAUGGAUAUGUUUAAUACUUGAAAAGACACAAGUGCUGCCUAGCAUCACAUCCAGGCCUAUGUCAUGAGACCGAAGGUUCAGAAAAGCCUCAGAGCUCUGUGGCAACAGCGUCUGAGUUACGACCUGGUUAGCACCUCUGGCUACAGAACAGCAGUUUGGCUAAUGGGUUGAGGAGGCCGACCAGGCGCUGGGACUGGGCUCAGGAUCAGAGUGUUGUAGACGUUGGCAGGUCAGUGUUUGUGGAGGUCAGGUGACCCUUCUCACCAACGUCCACUGGCCUGUGGUUCUGAUCCGUCCCCAGAGUGUGUACACCGAGCAAUAAGUCCUGAUGCAUUAUUAUAUGAACCUGGAUUUGUGGUGGCAGGGUCCCUACUUAUAAUAAAUUGAUAUUAUAUUUUACAUCAGCGAUAAGGCUGUACAGUUGCUGUUUUUUAUUUUCUAUGUGUAUUGCACAGUUCUUUGAAUCAAUAGGAAAUGUUGAUGUAAUGAUUAGAUAGCUAGGAGGAGGAGUUGACUGGAACCUAUUUUGUAUUUUAUUUUUAUUCGGCACUGAUCGAUUCAGGACCAUAACGAGAAGCAACUGCACAUACUGUACAUCAGUCUGAGAGCGGUUCUCCAGGUCUGAGAGCGGUUCUCCAGGUCUGAGAACGGUUCUCCAGGUCCGAGAGCGGUUCUCCAGGUCUGAGAACGGUUCUCCAGGUCUGAGAGCGGUUCUCCAGGUCUGAGAUCGGUUCUCACGGUAUGGCAGCCAAUUGUUUCCUGGCCUGUAACUGACUUGAAUCUGGAACAUUUUGAGUUUGGAUUCCAGACGUUUAUAAUAGUUUAUGAUUGAUUUAAGAAUGAGUCGUUGGAAGGCAAAGUGGAGAUGUAGACGAGAAGACCAAACAGACCAUGGAUUCAGACCUGAAUCCUGAUCCAUGUGAGAGGCUGUGCUGCCUGUGCUGGAGUCAGUCUCCAUCGGGAACCCAGGCUUCUACACCUUUGAACCAUGCCUCAUGUAUUUAUUUUGUUUAAAUCAAUCGAAACCUGUGAUUUGGCAGCAUUUUCCCAACGAGGAAUCAUUAUCAUUUGCAAUAGAUCUAGGCCUUAGAGGACUUGGAAUCUUGAAAAGUGUUCUCCUAAAUUAUAACUUUAUUUAUAUAUAUAUAGAUAUAGAUAUAUAAUAAUAAUCAGGUUAUAAUUAUAAUUGAAGCUUAUCAAAAAGGCUUAAACGUGUUAAUAAAUAUGUAUGAUCCAUG